GCGGUACGGGGGCGGGCGGCACCGCCCGGGACCGGCCCCUGGGAGGGCCCCGAGCCCCGGCUCCAGCCCCCCGGUGGUGACGGCGGCCAUGGCUGGUGGGGUCGGAGGGCGGGUGCUGCUCGGCUGAGGCCCAGCGUGGAGUCAGGUGGAUUCUGGCAGGCCCUGGGAAUCAGGUAAUCUCAGCCAGGACUCAGGAGCAAUGUCGCAACAACUCCUCUACCGUGCUCUGGUGUCUGCAAAAUGGCUUUCAGAAGCCAUCAAGUCCCAGCAGGCUGGUCUGGCCUUGAGAAUCGUGGAUGCAUCUUGGUAUUUGCCGAAGAUGAAACGUGACCCAAAGCGGGAAUUUGAGGAGCGCCAUAUCCCUGGUGCAGUUUUCUUUGAUAUUGACCAAUGCAGCGACCGUACUUCACCUUACGAUCACAUGCUGCCCAAGGCUGAUGACUUUGCUGAGUAUGUGGGGAAGCUGGGUGUGGGGAAUGAUUCCCAUGUUGUGGUGUAUGAUGGCAGCGACCAAGGUCUCUUCUCAGCACCCCGGGUGUGGUGGAUGUUCCGGGCCUUCGGACAUGAUGCCGUCUCUGUUCUGGAUGGUGGCCUGAAGAACUGGCAGCGAGAGGGCAAUGUGCUGAGCUCUGGGAAAAGCCAGGUAGCUCCCUCGGAGUUCCACGCCUCCUUGGACAAGUCCCUAGUGAAAACAUACGAGGACGUCUUAGAUAACUUGGAUUCCCACCGCUUCCAGCUAGUGGAUGCGCGUGCUGCAGGACGGUUCCGGGGAGUAGAGCCAGAGCCCCGAGAUGGAAUUGAGCCUGGUCAUGUCCCUGGGUCGAUGAACAUCCCCUUCACUGAUUUCCUCACAGAGUCUGGCUUAGAGAAGACCCCUGAGCAGAUCCGCAGUAUGUUCCAGGAGAAGAAGGUGGACCUCUUAAAGCCGGUGGUAGCCACGUGUGGCUCUGGGGUCACUGCCUGCCAUGUGGCUCUGGCGGCAUACCUCUGUGGCAAACCAGAUGUUGCUGUGUACGAUGGGGCCUGGGUGGAAUGGUACAUGCGGGCACAGCCUGAAAAUAUUAUUUCUGAGGGAAAGGGGAAGACGGUGUAAUGCGCUGCUUCGUCUCCCAGCUGUGCAGUAAUUUGCCUUGAAACAGGAUUUGGAAAAGAUGGGUUUAGCAUUCCUGGUUAAGUGUUUUGAGGUAAAGGUGUUGGGUAACAAGUACGGGGACAUGGUGUUUUGGCACUUUGUCCUUACCCUACUGCUGCUGCUUAGGAGCAUAAAGAUGACCUGGGCAGCCAGCUCUAGGUGACCCUGCUUGAGCAGGUGGGGUGAACCAGAUGUCCUCCCAAGGUCACUUCCAAUCUCAGCUGUUUUGUGACUUUGUGACCUUUUAACCAUAUCAGAUAGAAGGAAGAGAGUGCUGGUGGCAGCAUGGGUAAGUAAUUCAGUCAAGCCAAGCUCAUCACUCGGGAUAUUCCACCACGUUCACUCACAGGAUGGUCAUACUUGUAUAACUGUGCCUCAUAAUCCCGCUCUCUGCUUCUGCCUCAGAAGCCAUCCACGUACUUUAUGGCCAUUUUGAGUGCAAAACUGGGGAAAGACACAGCUGUUAAAGGAGCAAAUAUGGCUUCCAGGUUGGCACUUAGGUUGGAGACUUGGUUUGGAUUUCUUCUUGCACUUGGACUCUAACUGCAAUGUGUACUUAGCCGGUUUUGUACCCCCAUGGUCCAAAAUCCCCCUUGGGGAAAAAGAAAAGAUUCUGGGAUUAAAAAAGGGUAAAUAAAUACGUGUUUCAAGGUA